AUGUUUGUUGAACUUAAAAAGACGCUCUUUGUUGCUCAUCUCCCUCCCCAAACUAAAAUAUCAGAUAUCAUCCGUUUCUUCAAAGAUGUUGGACAAGUUGUUCGUGUUCUACUUCAAGCUACCCACAAGGGAAAGUGUGUGGGCGAAGGCUUUGUUGAAUUUGCUUCUGCUAACCAAGCAAAGAAGGCACUGGAAAAGAAGAAGAACGAAUAUUUGCACAAACGCAAGAUUUUCCUGGAUGUGGCUCAUAAGGGAGCUCUAUGCCUUCCACCCAAGUAUUGCAUAGAUCACAAGGUUUGGUACCAAGAAGACUAUCUUCAGCAGGAAAGCUUUAGGAUACAAGAAAGUCCCAAGUUUUCGGAGGAAGCUACGGUUCUCUUUAUUGCCAAUCUCUCUCCACAAACAACUAAAAUAUUACAUAUCAUCAAUUUCUUGGAAGAUGUUGGAGAUGUUGUCAGUGUUCGACUUAUUGUAAACCACGAGGGUAAGCAUGUGGGCUGUGGCUUUGUUGAGUUUGCUUCUGCUAACCAAGCUAAGAAGGCACUGGAAAAUAAGAAUGGUGAAUAUUUGCACGAUCAUAAGAUCUUGUUGAUGAAAAGACGUGAUGAAACUCCCAAUGUUUCUGAGGCAGUUGCCACUGUAAGAAAUAAGACGAUCUGUGUUACCCAUUUCUCUGGACAAACUAAAAUAUCAGAUAUCAUCAAUUUUUUCAAAGAUAUUGGCCAAGUUGUUCAUGUUCGACUUAUUGUAAACCCCAAGAUCAAGCAUGUGAGGCUUGGCUUUGUUGAGUUUGCUUCUGCUAACGAAGCAGAGAAGGCGCUGGAAAAGAACGGCGAAUAUUUGUACGAUAGAGAAAUAGAUAGAGAAUAGAGAGGGAAUCAAUAAUAAGGUCUUUGAGCCUAUUUCUAUCUAUUGAUGAGCAGAGCCGUGCCUCCAUUGUUAAAAAUGAAGCUUUCGCUUAGGGCAUCAGUUUUUUUUUAAAAUUAAUUGGGCAUCUUUUCUUAGUUCAUCAGGACAACUUUUAUUAGUUAUUAUUUUGAUUAAAUCAUCUUUUAUUAAUUUUAUUGUUUUAAUCCUACAUAAUAGAGAAUAUAUAUAUAUAUAUAUAUAUGUCAGUAAUUUGGGUAAGCUUAAUACAGACUACAAGAAGGUUGCUAAAAAACAAAACUAAAUGAAGAAAACCAUAGAUGUUGAUUGUUAUGGUUAUAAUGGUCCAAUGACUACCUAAUGAUAUUCUGGUAGUUUUAAUAGUAAAAUAACCAAAAUAAAUAAAUAAAAAAUUGUUAGUCUUAUAAAACUUAAGAUAAAGAAAAAGAUUAAGUAAUUUUGGUUAAGUAAAAUAAACAAAAAGAUAAAAAAAAAAUUGUUAAUCUUAUAAAACUUAAGAUUAAGAAAAAUAUUAAAAUAACUAAAAACAUUUGAAUUUUUUUUAUUAAUUUUACAGCAAAGAAAAUUUUAUAUUUAGAACUUUAAAAUGAACAUUUUAAUUGUUGAUGUUUUAAAAAAAUAGCUACGUAACAAUAGUAUUUUGUAACUGUAAUUUAAAAUUUUGGACAUUUUGUUCUAACCACGC